AUGGACAAGCAAGUAAUGCACUCAGAGAAACAGGCGACGGUGGAACAACCUUCUCGGCCUUCAUCUACCCGCGUGUCAGGUUCAGAUGAAGGUGGUAUGCAUGUCACCGAUCACGAUGCAAAAGCUCAUACCACUGAUGAAUACCCGCAUGGUGCCCGCCUAGCUGCUGUUCUAUGUUCGCUCAUGCUGGGCAUGUUUUUGGUCGCGCUUGACAACACCAUUCUCGGCACAGCUAUUCCCAAAAUAACGGACGAAUUCCAUGACCUGAACAAAGUGUCCUGGUACGGGGCAGCCUAUUUGAUGACAUAUGGCAGUGGCUUCCAAUCAACCUGGGGAAAGUUUUACAAGUACUUUCCGAUCAAGCUUUGGUUUCUCGUUGCCAUCUUGAUUUUUGAAGUGGGCAGCCUCAUUUGCGCCGUGGCCAAAGACCCUACAACUCUCAUCGUGGGCCGAGCUAUCGCUGGCUUCGGAGGAGCCGGAGUUGGCGUGGGAGUUUUCACAAUUAUCGGGUUCACUGCGCCCCCUGAAAGACGCCCACAGCUUUUGGGCUUUACCGGAGCCACCUAUGGCAUUGCUGCGGUCUUGGGACCGCUCAUUGGCGGUGCUUUUACUGAAAAAGUGUCAUGGCGCUGGUGCUUCUAUAUCAAUUUGCCCGUCGGGGGAAUAGCUGCCGGAACGAUCUUCUUUCUCUUCAAGACACCAAGUAGUGCAGCCCCGGCGGGGGCUGCACCUAAAGAGGAGUUCUUGCAAAUGGACCUCAUCGGUGGAGCCCUUAUGAUGGGAUUGAUCGUUUCAUUUAUGCUGGCACUCCAGUAUGGCGGUCAAACACGUUCUUGGAAGAGCAGUGAGGUUAUAGGACUGCUGGUCGGCUUUUUCUUGAUAGUUCUAGCUUUUGUAGCUUGGGAAAUCUACCAGAAGGAACGUGCAAUGAUUGUUCCUCGACUGUUCACGAAACGCUAUAUUUGUGUGGGCUCCAUAUUCAUGUUCUUCUUCGGCGGUGCCUACGUCAUCAUCCUUUACUUUAUUCCGAUCUAUUUCCAGAGCGUUUAUAACAGCAACCCAAUCGGAUCUGGUGUCAAAAUGCUCGCACUCAUUAUCCCACUAACCCUCGCUGCCAUUGGGCAGGGAUUCGCACUAUCAAAAAUCGGCAUCGUACCUCUGUUCUGGACUAUAGGCGGCGUUUUGGGAACCGUCGGAUGUGGCCUAUUUUAUACUUUUGGUAUUGAAACGCCUGCUAGCAAAUGGAUUGGGUAUCAGAUUCUCGUUGGUUUCAGCGCGGGCUGGACAUUCCAAAUUGCGAUGUCGAAUGCACAAGUCCAUGCUUCCCCAGAGGACAUGUCGCAGGCUACAGCUAUCGUUAAUUUCUUCACUACCGUUGGCGGAGCCUUCUUUCUAUCAGGAGCACAAUGUGUCUUUAACAAUAAGUUGAUUGAAACAGUUACCAUAAACCUCCCCGAGAUCGACCCGGCCAUAGUUAUUGGGACCGGUGCAACGCAAAUCCGUGAAGCUUUUAUGGCCUCGCAGGUUUCCGUUAUUAUUGAUGCUUAUAUGGGUGGUCUGAAAGCUGUCUUUGCAAUUACAAUCGCCGCCUAUGGUGUCGCCACUGUCACUGGUUUGUUUGGCAGCUGGAAUAAGAUUAACGGUGAUGAGCCGAAGAAGGCGCCCGGUGGUGCCGCAUGA